AUGAGGUUUUCGAUUGCCGUUGCUUCCACCAUCUUUCUGGCGGCCGUCAGUGCCGCUCCUGCAGGCACAGAUGGCGUGACUGUGAGACGGGGUGAUGCCGAUGACGCCGCUCUCAUCGCAGAUUUCAACCUCCAAGAGUCGGAGAAGAAUACUGUGAAUGCUCGAGAUGAUGAGGAGGAAGAUGAUGAGAAGGAAGAUGAUGAAAUAGUCGGCUUGGGGCACAAGAGUAACAGCAUUGGUGCUCGAAGUCCCAACAAUAAUGAAGACGAUGAAAUAAUCGGCUUGGGGCACAAAAUCAACAGCAUUGCUGCUCCAAGUCCCGACAAUGAUAAAGACGAUGAAAAAGUCGGCUCGGAGUACGGCUUCGGAUACGGCUCGGGGCGCAAGAUUAACAGCAUUGAUGCUCGAAGUCCCAGCAAUGAUAAAGAUGACGAGAAAGACCACAAGAUACUUGGUACCACGGCCGCCUGGAGUGCUCAGGGGGAAAAGGAUCAUGAACAUCAUGAGAAUGACGAGGAGGAAGUUGGCCUCGACGACACCAUCGACAUGUCCAGUCUCUCGAACUCUACCGAAGUCGACAGCACCAUCUCACCCCGAUUCGUCAUCCCAAUCGACCACUGGAACUGCAACACCGGCGAGUGGGUGGACAGACGCUGGAUCGAAGCAGAGGUCUCCAAACUCAAAGGGCAAACCUGGUGCGCCGCUGUUGCCAAGGAUGGCCCGACAGAUAACUCCUGCACCCAUGUAGGCUGCACCAAAGGCGCCCACAUCUAUCUCUGCAACAAUAGAGGGAACUUCCUCAAAGUUAGGUGCUAUGCUGUUGCCGAUGUAAUUGAGCGGUUGAUGAGGGAGUGCGUAAAGCUUGAUGCUAAUUACCCGUCUGUGAGAGGCCAGAUCUUCACCAAGGAUAAGUGGGGUAUCUAUAUAAAGUCCGCCAAAUGCUAA